AAGAUCAUAAUAAACCGUAUCCAUUCAAAGUAUUUUGUUUAUCAGUCCCAGUCUUAAUUCAAGUUGAAUGCUGGAAUGUGGUGAGCCUGCAAAUAGCGUCAUAACAGUGUAGGCUCUGUGUCUGUGUGCACACGUUUGUAUGCGUAUUUACUGGCGCGUGCACAUUUCUCUUCCUCUCAUGUGAACGAAUUAGGAUUUAAAAGUUGGAGCUGCCAGGGAACCCGGUGUGUUUUGACACUGGAACAGCCGUGUGGCUAUGUGUGUGUGUGUGUUGGGGUUUUUAGAAAGCAGAGGAGUGCAUGAAGACGACUGGCAAGUGUCCCAGUAAACCAUCACAGUGUGAUAGUGAGCAGCACACAGGGCCCCGAAUCAGCUAAAUGGAAUUCAGCCAUGACCUGCUUUGCUAUUUACAGUGCAACCUCGAGAUCCGCUGGACUCCCCUGAGCUUCUCUCUUAGCAAUGGAUGCAGAGGUGAUUCUGCAGGAGGAGAAGAUGGAGGGCUUGUGGACACUGCUGCCCUGGCUGGCAUCCUGCCUCAUGGUGUUUGGAGGAGCCCUGCCCUAUUUGCCACAAUACCAGGAGAUUCAUAGGAGCAGCAAUGCAGAAGGUUUCUCCACCAAAGUCUGCCUGGUGCUGCUCAUAGCCAACAUCCUGCGCAUCUUCUUCUGGUUAGGGAAGCAGUUUGAGCUGACCCUGCUGCUCCAGAGCGUGGUGAUGAUCCUCACCAUGUUUGCCAUGCUCCACCUCUGCUGCACGGUCAAAAACACCAACCGAAUGAGCACCAAGCAGCAGCGACUUUCAGACUUGGACUUUCGCUACUUCUGGAAGUGGAAUGCAUUUGAGGACUACCUGCUCUUCUGCUUUGGCUUCACUGUACUGUGUGCGGUGGUCACCCUGGUGUUGCUGGACUCUGCUAUGUUUGUGGAGAUGCUAGGCUACCUGGCUGUGAUGUUUGAGGCCAUGCUGGGCCUCCCGCAGCUGCUGCAAAACUUCCACAACCGCUCAACCAAAGGCAUGAGUGUCAAGAUGGUACUGCUGUGGACAGCUGGUGACAUCUUAAAGACCACCUACUUUGUAAUUAACGAAAGCCCAACUCAGUUUUUGGUAUGUGGUUCAGUCCAGAUCCUGAUUGACACGGUCAUCCUGCUCCAGGUCCUGUUCUACAGCCAAGACACACAGAUCAAGCGAGGCUGAACCCUGCUGUACCUACAGUUGUCUUUUUUUUUAAUAAACAGCUGAAAUAUUGACAGAAUUAUCAGGGAAAACAUUACAGUAAAUACCAGCACAUGGAGAAAACCAAAGUUGGCACCAAUGUUUUUAGUGUUUAGCCUUGAUUCAGGAUAUUAUACAUGUAGAGCCCGCCAAUUUACCUCUAAGUGCCAUAUAGUCACUUUUAACCUUUUCAUAAUUAAUUUAAACUUUUAGCAAAUUUAGCCUUGAACAAACACUAUAGCAUCCUCAACCAAGCACUGAUAACAAAUCGCCUUUGCCUUAGAUAAGAUAAGGCAGUAUUUAGGUUCAUUUUUGGCAUUUAUACUAUUUAUUACUGUAGCUCUCUGUGGAAUAUUACAUGGACUCUUGAAGUAUAUAGUGGACAUGGAAACUGUAAGCUGGAAACAUUGCUCAUGUUGGCAGCUCUCUGACAUCUGUGCUGCUGUAUUGGCAGCUGUAACAACCAUUGCUGUGCUGGUAACCUCAAAGGCGAAGUUUCCGCUUCACACUCCACACUUCAAUGAAUUGUUCUCAUGUUAUUUAAUGUGAGUUAUGUCUGCUUCUCUGUGCAUGCAUGUGUGUGAGUGUGUUGGCAUGCUUGCUGGUGCGUCUGUGCAGACUAAAAUCAAUUUUUGCCGCUGGCAUCCAGCGCCAAGCCAAGGCCACAGAAUGUACAACAAGUAAUGGUAAGAAAUGUAAAUAGACCUGCAUUGUGGUUUGAUGGACAAGAAACGCAGGUCAGCUGUACAGUACAGAAAGAAAAGAAAGAAAGAACAAUGCAAAAACGUGAUCAUGCCACAAUGAUUUACACUGUACCUCAGUCACCAAAUCUUUUAUAGAUACCAAAUAACAUAUAACUUUUGUUAUCCCUAAUGAAUCCUUACUACUCGUGGCAUUAUCUGUUGCAUCACAUACAGCAUAUUGUCAUGUGUUAGUUUUCCAUCGGUUGCUGAUUCUGUUGUCUGACCAAAGCACAGUGGAUUGACAGUCAUAUACACCAUGGGUAAUGUUUAAAUCACUAUGAUUGCCAGUAUCAUACAUUCUUUACCUGGAUUUUUUUAUUGAACUCAUUUAUUGUUAACACCCAUCACCUGCUGGUGGUUCUUUGAUUCCUUAAGCAAGAAAAGCUCAAGAAAAUGUAUGAGUAAAAUGCCCCCCUUUUUAUGCUAACCCAGUAAGAAUUGAAUUAUUUCCAAAAUGAAUUUACCUUUAGGGACUGUAUGGAAAUUACUAGUCAGACCAGGGACUAAAUCAUAAGUCUUCACUUUUAUUUCUUUGGACCCUGUCCUUGACUUAAAUAAAACUGCAUCACCAUUCUUCUAAUAUGUCAAAAUAUUAUUCAGCAGUUUUGAAUUUGUACAACUUGUUAUUCUGUGUACCUGAGUGUAAACCUUAAUAUCUUUAUGUAACAGAACCUAACCCACUAAUGCACACAUUAGAAGUGAAUUAGACUUGACACUGUUUUUGGUAAAUGGCACAAAAUGUUUCAGCCACUUUAUUUUUAAUAGCUAGUAAUAAAUAAUUAAUAAUUACUGCCACUAAAUGAACAUGGUACAGGAGGAAGCUCUGGGUUUACUGAGGGACCUGAGCUGUAUUAUUUUUACCCUGCCCCAUAUUCUAAAUUUAGGAAAUAAAUAUUAAUGAGAUCCAGUGACUUUGUGUCCAGUUGAAAAACAGUUAUACCACCUCCUGCUCUCCCAGAAAGCCAAACACUCCUACCUUUAGCCAAAAGAAAACUUUUCUGAAACCCCCUAAUCAUAAAAUAAUGCUCAUACAGUCCCUUAGUCUAGUUUCCCUUUCAUAGUGUGUUCAGUAAAUCCUAGAGGACAAGUCUGAAGAAGUAAUGGACCUUUGAAUCAUAAUCAUUCACCCAGAAAGACCCCAUUAAACAAAGGACAGUUUAUGUAAUGCCUGGACAGCGUGCUAAUGUUCUUUGUUUAAUUCCUUCAUGCUGCUGCAUGCAAAGCUAGCAGCUGAGCUGUGGAGAGAACAAAGUUAUUUUGCUCAGAUCACCUUAUUAGCCUACCUACCACUUCAUUUUAUGUGUCGUGUUUCAUACAGCAUAGUCCACUUUUACUCCUUUUAUCUGGACUGCAGGUGGACACCUUCUCUCUCUUAUUAGAUGUUGGAGAAACAUUACCAUUACAGAAAAGCUGAAGUCUCCAUUCCAACCUUUCUAAAUACAGAACUGUACACAGAUAUUUUAUUCCAAAGCUCUGUUUAUAAUUGAAACACUAAUUUAGCAGUACAGCCUCAAGCAGGCCUGUGGUUCUUUUACCUGUUUCCUCAUACAAAAGGACUGCAGGAUAAAAUAAAUCAGAAGCAGCAGCUGAUCAGUAUUCAGUGCAGGUUUCUUUUUUACUUUCCCCGCGGCAUGAUUUAAUUAAGAAAUAAAGCACACUGCUUAUUAAUUCUUCCAGUCACCUUUUAAACUCAACAGUUUGUGUCCAUUUGUUAAUUUAUGCCUGUCUCUCUUUAUUUGUUUUUUUUUUUACUACAGUAGACACCAUGUUUAAAUUUCAUGCUUUAGUGGUUAUGGUUUGCAUCAUGCAGACAAACGCUGCCUGUGGCUACGUACAUAUUACAUUUGUAGAUAUUGGUGGCAUUGCAUGUGUAUGUUAGUAACAGCCUCUGGUUAGUGUCCUAAAAUCCAGUAUUGAGUUUUAAUAAUCUGGAAAAUGUAGCAGGGCUCCAGACUGCAAGUGAUCACUCACAUUUUGCAACCAAAUUUAUUUAAGAUGCAAAUGACUUUUUUCAAAGGUCGCACUGGGUGUAACUGCUAAAUAAGCAGCUUAUGCACCAAUGCUGCAACUGUAAAAAUAGUGGACAGAUGUAACAGUCUUCGCAAUACUGUAGCGUUUAUCUGCAGGUCUGUCACUCCCACGUCUCAUGAGGCAGACUCCCAGUCUAUCAAAUGUGUGGAUCCAUACUGACUCUGAGACACACACGUCAUCCCUGGACCCUUUUUUAUACUUCAAAUUAAUUUUUUCUUUGGUGCAGUUGAAGUGUAAUCGCCACAGACAGCUGCUUAAAUCAGAUAGAUCAUCUGCUAGCCUGUUUAAGUGUUGGAAACUUUUUACUUAAAUUCACUAGUUUAUACUUCAGUUGAAAUAUGAUAGUCUAAUCAUCAUCAUGAUCACUGCCAUUAUUAUCAUCAUAUUGACUGCUAGGCUAUAGAGCAUUACAGUGACUAUUUAAAAAGGAAACUUGUUCCAGAAGUGAUUUUCCCAUUGACUGUGUUCCAUGUCUCCCUCUCUCUGAAGUUCAUUAUGAAUACAGGCUAUGCACUUUGGAUGGUGAGAUUAUUUAAAAGAAUCCAUGAAAAACAUAGAUUCUUUUGCAUUACAUUGUAAAACAGAGGUGAUACCACCACCAAAGGGACUUAGUGGCUCCAGUGCCACUGUUAUGAAAUGUUAGUCUGCAGCCCUGUGUACGACUGUUUUGAGAGUGGACAAUGCACAGGUUCCCUCUAGAUAUAACACUGACUGAUCACCUUCUCAGGUUUUGCCUUUGCUUUGGUACAAUAUCAGGUUUUUGAGGAUUUACAGUAAUUGUAUUAAAGCAAGAGUUCAAUAUUUUGUGAAAUAUUGGCUUUCUUGCCAAGAAUUAGAUAAGAAGAGCAUGACCACUCCUACAAACUGUAUGUCUGAAUGGUAAAUAUUAAGCUAUAGCCGGCAGCCUUUUAACUUAGCUUAUCUUAGAAUAAAUCCAAAAAAAUUGGAAAAAAACAUCUAGCCUGGCUCUGUCCACUGGUAACAAAAUCCACCCACCCCCUGUAAAAAAAGGUUUUGAAAGUUUUAUUAUCAAUCAUUUAAAGAAUUUACAGGGUCACAGACCAAAGGAAAAUCUAACACAGUGUAAAAGGGAAAGGGCUCUUUUUUGUUUUUAUAUUUCUGUAUCAAUGAUGGCAUCUGUAAGUGUUUAUAUGUGUACAUACAGUAUGUAUACAUGAAUGAUUCUUUGCAUCCAUAAAUGCUUUUUACUGGUGCUGUAAUACAUGUCAGAUAUUUAUAGGCCCACUUUAUGUGGGUGUGUUUAUGUGCUCAGAUUCUGUGCUGUGUUACAUCUGUUAGCCAUACUGGAAGCUGUACAUGUCUUAUCUUCUUUGCCCUGCACACCACAGCCGUACUGCAAUUGCAUUAUUUCAAUAUUCUGUUUGCUCUGAUGUGUAUCUCUAUAUUAUUUUUCAAUUCAUCAGAGGCUCAGAAUCCAGGCUUAGUUUAACAUCUGGGCUCUGUCCUUUUUUCUUCUCAAGGGCAGUAGGACACAAUAGCAUACACACACACACACACUACCCAGUUGUGAUAAUCCCUCAUCCAACGCUGAUACAACAUAGGUGGUUUGUCAUUUCUGAGGAUGGAGAGGAUUCGACUGUUACUUACACCACAUGUAAUGACGUAUUUGAGCAGUUUUGGAUCACUGACAAAUUUAAAGGCAACAUAUAUGUCUGUAUUUAAUAUAUGUAUGAUUUAGAGUUAAAAACACUGUAUUACUGAUGCAACGCCACCAUCAAGGCACCACAGACAUAACACAGUGAAAAAGUAUGACACUUUGGAUGUCUACGUCUGUUUAUAAAUUCAAACUGCUCAAUUAUACGUCAGAUAACUCUGAUGAUUACCAUAAGCUGUAAAAGUCUGUACAUACACAUUAAUGACAUCACAUAUGGAAACAAAUACUGAAAUAUUAUUGUACUAAUAGUU